CAAUGAAGUUAAAAAAUUACGUGUUCUUCUUAAAAAAUCGACCUCUUCCACCACAACAGCACCAGGCUUCUCCCAGUAUAUACCCUGGUGUAACGAAAUGUGGAGUACAGAAUAGAGGAUCCGAAACUCUGGUCUGUGACAUAGAUGGUACUUUGCUAAGGUCACGAUCUUUUUUUCCUUACUUGAUGUUAGUGGCUUUUGAAGGCGGUAACUUGUUGAGAGCAUUUUUACUGCUCUUAUCAUAUCCAUUCCUCUGUUUUCUGAAUUAUGAGUUGAAGUUAAGAGUCAUGAUCUUUAUUACAUUCUGCGGGCUCAGACUUAAAGACAUGGACAGUGUUGGAACGGCUGUGCUGCCCAAGUUCUUUCUUGAAAAUCUAUAUCUUCAAGUCUACGAGGUCUGGGCCGCCGCAGGUUGUCGAGUGGUUUGUACUAGUGUUCCCAGAGUUAUGGUUGAAGGGUUCCUUAAGGAAUAUCUGAGUGCUGACAAUGUUGUUGGAACAGAGCUCCACACUUCUGGUACACGUUUUACUGGUCUGUUAUCUAGUUCAGGCUUGCUUGUCAAGCACAAAGCUGUUAAGGAGUUGUUCGGUGAAACAAGGCCUGAUGUCGGAAUUGGAGGUUCACAUUCUCGUGAUCAACACUUCAUGUCUCUUUGCAAGGAAGCUUAUGUAGUGAGCAAGAAAGAUCUGAAAAACCGUGCAACUAUAAUGCCAAAGAACAAGUAUCCAAAGCCACUCGUCUUUCACGACGGAAGAUUAGCAUUCUUACCAACCCCCUUAGCCACCCUUGCCAUGUUCAUUUGGCUCCCACCUGGAAUCAUCCUAGCUAUUUUCAGACUUCUCGCAGGUAUUUGUUUACCCUACAAACUAUCCAUUUUGUUUGUCUGCAUCAGUGGCGUCACCAUUCAAGCCAAAGGCUGCGACCCGGGUCAGAAAACGGGUAAAGGUGUUCUCUACGUCUGCACCCAUCGGACCCUCCUCGACCCGGUUUUCCUCAGCACAUCACUAGCCAAAUCUCUCACUGCACUUACUUACAGUCUAAGCAAAGUGUCCGAAAUCAUUUCACCAAUCAAGACCGUCAAAUUAACACGAGACCGAAAGAUCGACCGUGCCACAAUGGAGAGAUUACUAAGUGAAGGAGAUCUCGUGGUGUGUCCAGAAGGAACAACAUGCAGAGAGCCUUAUUUGUUGAGAUUCAGUUCAUUAUUCGCGGAGUUAACAGAAGAGAUUGUCCCAGUGGCUAUAGACACCAAGGUUGGGAUGUUUUAUGGGACGACAGCAAGUGGUUUAAAAUGUCUGGAUCCUAUAUUUUUCUUGAUGAAUCCUAGGCCUGCAUAUUACAUUCAUGUUCUUGGGAAAGUGCCGAGGGAGAUGACUUGUGCUGGUGGCAAGACGAGCCAUGAGGUGGCGAAUAACAUUCAGAGGCAGCUGGCUGAUGCAUUGGGAUUCGAGUGUACGACUCUUACGAGGAGGGACAAGUAUUUGAUGCUGGCUGGAAACGAAGGAGUGGUCAAGGACAAUAAGAGAUGAAUCAGUAAUUGUUUUUUCUUUUUACUUUGAAUUAUGUUACUCUUUGUACAGUACCACCAAAUAUUUGCAUUUGAGUUGUACGAAAAUUAAAAUAUAAAUAAAAUAAAGAUGAAUAAAGUAAGAAAAAUGAAAAUAAUAUAAGACUAUUUGAUAUUGAUGUAUAAAAUGAAGUAUAGUGAAUAAAAGUUAAUUAAUACAACGGAUUAGCAAUCCGC